AAAAAACAUUGGUAUUAUUUUAUUGUAAUGUCUUCCCCUAAAAGCUAUCAAAUACAAAAAUGGAAUUGGCGCGGUCGCGGUAGAGGUACCAGAGGUCGAGGAUUUCAUCAGAGGCCUGGCGGCCCUGGCCCUGGGAAAAGAAGCAACAAGAAUAACCCUAAUAACACAAAUCCAUCCCCUUCUAAUGAAUCAUCUGCUUCAAACUAUGGAUUUGCUGGUAGUCUGGAGCAGAGUAAUGAACCAUAUAACUCAGCUGCUUUGAUCAAAGCAUCUGGACCCAUACCUGUUAGUUGCAGACAACCUCUCAUCACCACCCUACUGCCUCCAGCCAAAUGUCCUUUCAAAGGAUGGCAUAUUUACAUGACCCAAGCAUACAGUGAGACAAAUGAAAAUGUGCAAAAAAUUCAGAAUCUGCAGAAAUUCCUCCUACACAGCACUACUGACAAGGAAAGAGAUGCUGUGUGGAACACUUGUAGUUUCAAGGUCUCCCUCAAAGAGCUGGUGGCUGAUCCUGAACUGCAAGUCUCUGAGCCAUCUCUGCUUUCUGAAAUCAUCAAUACUCCACAGACUGUGCUUAAUGCUCUGGGUCUGGCCAUGCACCAGAUACUAUACAAUACAGCCGAAGCUCUUGUGCGGAAGCACACAACAGAACAGCUGAACCUCACACUGGCCCAACAACAAUCGUCCCUGAGUAACCAUUCUCUGGAUGCUAGCAACUCAAUGAUGUCAACACCGGGCAUGACGAGCCAGAACCCAGCCAGCGGGUCGUCUUUCCUGAACAUGAGUGUGAGUGAGGAGAGCGUGCAGGCUGCUAUGCCUGACAUCAAGGUGCCUCUAGUGUGCGCCAGACUGCACGAUGAUCGAGAAGGACACAUUACGCCACUCAAGGAGCUCAAAGCUAAUUUGUAUGGUAAGCUGGUGAGCAUCACAGGAACUGUUGUACGUGUGUCUGGCGUCAGCCAGCGCUGUGUUACGCUAGCCUUCAGCUGCCAGACGUGCCUUGCUGUCUUUGGACUUUCACAACCCGAUGCCAGGUACACGGUGCCCAAUCAGUGCGCCAGCGAAGGCUGCAGGUCCAGGCAGUUCACGCCUCUGCGCUCACACGCCCUCACACACACCAUCGACCACCAGACCAUACGCGUUCAGGAGAACAACUCCGACACGGGAGACGAAGCGCUGUCACCGGAGCACGGCCGCGUGCCGCGCUGCGUAGAGUGCCACCUGAGCCGCGACCUGGUGGACGCCUGCAUACCUGGGGACCUUGUCACCAUCACCGGCACUGUCACCGUGGAGCAGAGCGGCGAGUCCUCGGGUCGUCAUGGCGACGCGUGUCUGUUCCUGGUCUGCGUGGAGGUCUGCAGCAUCGACACCUGCAAGACAGACCCCUCGUCUGCUGCUGCCGGCAACUUCACCAUCACCGACUACUACAACAUCAGGGCUGUGCACGCUCGUCCAUCUCUGUUCCGUCUGCUGGUGCAGUCUCUGUGUCCCACGAUCUACGGCCAGGAGCUCGUGAAGGCUGGCCUCACGCUGUGCCUCUUCGGCGGCUGCAGCGGCUCUGACGACGCGGUUGGCAUUCGCGGCGAAGCUCACAUCCUCGUGGUGGGGGACCCUGGCCUGGGCAAAAGUCAGAUGCUGCAAGCCUGUGCUAAUAUCGCUCCGCGGGGAGUGUUUGUGUGCGGCAACACGGCCACAAGCGCCGGGCUCACCGUGUCCCUGACGCGCGAGUCAGGGUCUGGUGACUAUAGUUUAGAAGGCGGCGCACUGGUGCUGGCAGACCGGGGAGUUUGCUGCAUUGAUGAACUUGAUAAAAUGCAGCACGCGCAACAUCAGGCGCUGCUGGAGGGCAUGGAGCAGCAGCGUAUCAGCGUCGCUAAGGGCGGCCUGGUGUGCACGCUGCCCGCCAGAGCCGCCGUCCUGGCCGCUGCUAACCCCGUCCACGGCCACUACAACAAAGCCAAGACCGUCGCUGAGAACCUCAAGAUCAGCGCCCCUCUCCUCUCCAGGUUCGAUCUGCUCUUCAUCCUCGUGGAUCGUCCUGAUGAGGAAUUGGACUCGCUGCUCUCCCGUCACGUGAUGGCGCUGCACAGCGAGAGCAAGAAGAAGCCAAGCCUCAACUGCAGCGUCAGCAGUGCAGGACUGGACAGCGUGAGCGGCCUGAACUCGAGCGUCCUGGAAGGCCGGGAACACGCGUCCCUCAGUGAGCGCCUCAAGUACGCGCCUGGUGAGUUCGAGGAGCCGCUGCCUGCUUCCACCUUCAGGAAAUUUAUUUGUUACGCCAGGAGGUACGUGCAGCCACGGCUGUCUACAACUGCUGCAGCGAUACUGCAAACUUUUUACUUGGAGCUUCGGUCGCAGCAUCACAGCAGCGCGGCGUCCGCUCCCCCGAUCACCACACGACACCUGGAGGCCCUCGUGCGCUUAACGCAGGCGAGGGCGAAGUGUGAGCUGCGAGAGGAAGCAACAGAAGACGACGCUAGGGACGUGGUAGCGCUGAUGCGGUACAGCAUGAUCGACACGCUCGCCGACGACCUCGGAAACCUGCACUUCGAGCGAUCCUCACACGGCUCAGGCUCCUCCAACCGAUCACAGGCGCGGCGGCUGUUGACGUGCCUGCAGCGACACUCGGACAUGACGGGCACGAGUCUGUACUCUGUCCAGGACCUACGUGCCGUCGCCGCGCAGGCGCAGAUCGACGCCAGCGCAGUUGCAGGACUCAUCGAAGGACUCAACCAGCAGGGCUUCCUUAUUAACAAGGGCAACAGAAUGUACCAGCUGGUGACUUCCAAAUAAAUUCAUAGUGGAUUUCCCUAUGAUAUUCGUGAUGAAUAUUGUGAUGCUAUAGUGUAUAGCGUCGACGUAGGAAUAUUUUAUGCUUAGAGUUAAAAUGAUUCAUCAUUCACGCUUACGUCCAAUUUGUGUUCUUAUGAAUGUGAGUGGAUAUGUUUUCCUACAUUACGGAUUUUGCUUCCCUUUUUUUGUUGGAAACUUUGUUAUUUGGUAGCGCGAUUUUAUUGAAGGAGUUUCACUACUAAUAAGCCUUUUGAAGCGAUCACGUCAGACGACUGUAUAUUUGGCUUAAGUUAGUUUGACUUCGUCACGAUGAAUAUUUUGGUUCAAAUUCCACACUUAUUUUGGCUACAAAAGGAAUUUUGAUUGUGAUAUUGUGACGACAUCUUCGAGUCUCGUCAAGUGCACUCACGGCACAGUGAUGUUGCUUCGUUUACUUUCUUGUAGCUGUUGUUUAUUUGGAUGUUUUUGUUGUGAGAAGACCAGGCAAGGUUCUCUUCUUGCUUUCAUUUAAUAUCACGUUUAAGUUUGAUGUUACAAAAUAUAUUCUAGUAGUUUUCUACAUACAAGAUGUAUAUAUUUUUAUAAAGUAAUGAU